AACAGAGAGUUUAACACACUGAUUCCUUUCACUUUCUGCUAGCGGUUGGAGGCAGUGUGUUCUGCACAUCCCUUACUCACUAUGAAGCUGUUUUGCAUUGCACUCUUCACCAUUCAACUCCUAAACAUUGAUGCAGUAUCAGAACCUGUGCGAGUUGAAGAUCGCGACGCCCAGAUUAUUAGUUGUAAUGAUCCAGGUGUUUCAGCUGCUGUGGAUUUCACACUUCGUAAACUCAACGCGGAGCAGAAUGCAGGGAAUAAAUUUGCUCUUUAUAGAGUACUUUUUGCUCAAGUUCAAGCUCAGGAAAGAUUUGGAUUAAAAUACACGGUAGAAUUUAGCAUCUAUGAAACAGACUGCCCCGUUGGAAGUGAAAAGCUCUGGAAAGAUUGUAACUACAAUGAACCAAGAAUUGCAUCUUCUGGUAAAUGCGAUUCAGAGACGAUCCUCAAUAGAAUCCGAAGAAUAAGUGAAGUGAUUUCACACAACUGCACAUUUUCUCAAGAUCACGAAUGGAUUUUUCCUGAAAAAGGACCAUGCCUUGGAUGUGAAGGAUUAGUGGAAACUGAUAGUCCCACAGUACAUAAAGUCAGUGCAUAUGUUACUCAAGAAUUCAACACGAACAGAACAUUCACAAAUUACUUUCGGAUUGCAAAAGUACACAAAUUAACUGAACAGGUGGUGUCUGGAAUGAGAUACAAUAUGGUAUUCCUAAAUCAGGAGACUGAAUGCAGCAAAGAUCACCCCUUACCUUAUGAAAAUGUUACUGCAUGCCCUUUAAAGACUGAUGGUGUACGGCUGCAAUGUACUUCAACUGUACUUGAACAAAGCUGGAUAGAUCAAACUUCUGCAUCUGUGACCUGUCAACCUGAGGAGGCACCAACGGCAUUUUCAUUUGGGGGAUGGUCACCAUUUAUACUGAAAAAAGAAAGUCUCACAGACAAUAUCUGCCCAGGAGAUCCAUGGAAGUCCUUGCAUCGUGUUAAACCUGCUCUUUCACCUGAUCAACAUGAAAAUGUUGAAAGUCCCACAGAUGAUGCUGGCUUAUCAGCUUCUGCAUGAUCAAUAUCAUCCUUGGUGGCCUGCUUUAAUAAAAGAAUUACAUGAACUAAA